CUCCUCGCCUGGCCGAACGCCGGGGCCCAUCCGUAAUUCCUAUAAAUAGGUCGUGGCAUAUCCGGCAUCAUUGGAGCUCUCCUGCCCCUUCUGCGCCGAAAUCCAUCGACCUAGGUUUCCCGAUUUUGGAAAAUAAAAGGGGGGAAAUCAAUCUAUAAAGACUUCGAUUCCAACGGCUCCGAGAUUUCAAACACCGAAGUGUAUAGAAUUCUUCGAGGUAGUCCCUUUCUCUCGAUCUUCACCCCUUCGAGACUACUGAAACUUUCUCCAGUUGUUACAACUUAGCUUCUGAAUCCGCCUUUUUUGGAUUUUCUUUUUGUUAAUUACAAGGUUCUUGAGCGUGUAUUCUUUGAUUGUUUUUUAAUCGCAUGAUCAAAUUCGCGUGCUCUGUUCUUUUUUUAUGUUCAGAGGGUUUGAUUUGAGUUGGUUCUUCGUUUUUGUGGGGAUUCUAGCUUUUACUGCGGAAUCACGAGUGUGGUUCCUUCUAAAACCCUAGAUUUUUGAGCUGGUAAUCUUGAAAAAUCCAUGCAACUCUUUUCUCUUGAUUCAUAGCUGCAAGAACUCGAAUUACUUGAAAGGUAUUAACUUUGUAUUCUACUUCAAGUUGUGAUGAUCUUAUUGCUUGCGUCCAGAAGGAUCGAAUUUGAAAUUUAUAGAGUUCAUAGAUUCGGAGCUGUUUUUGAAUCUCUGGUACGAUAUGGCUUCAUCUCCAUGCAAUUCCUACUCUGAACCUCCAAUAAUCGAGCAAGUGAUCACCGAAUUCUUUGCCAAGAGCCUCCAUAUCAUACUUGAGUCGAGGUCUCCUUUUGUCUCCUCUCGUAAUUAUAGUUUGGAUCAUUUUGCCUCCUCACCUUCCUCCUCUUCCUCAUCAUCGAGCAGCCGGCCGAGGGAUAAGUGGUUCAAUUUGGCUUUACGAGGCUGCCCGGCGGCACUUGAGAAUUUUGACCUCUGGCGGCAGAGCAAUCUUGAACCAUUGGUUGUUGAUGUGCUCUUGGUCCGUCAAUCCUCAACCAUGGAUAUGACUCGCCUGUCUCCUGGUAGGUGCCUGCUGCGGAAUCCCUCGGGGAAGGAUAAGUUCCCAAUGAGUCCCAGGCAGGAUGAGCUUGGAACUAGAAGUGAGAAGAUCAUAGAGAGAUGGAUUGUUCAGUAUGAGAGUCGAAAGAACAGCAACUUUGGAAAGGAAAUGUACUUGGGUAGUAGGAAAAGUAGCGGUGUGUCUCAUCACUCUUCUGAAAUCCCAACUUUGUACAAGAAAACAUACAAGAGAACUACCGUAAUGCUUCGGUCUUUGUAUCUGUUUGUUAGGCUGUUACCUGCAUACAAACUUUUCCGUGAACUCAAUUCCUCAGGCCGAAUCCGCCCGCUUAGCCUUUCCCACAGAAUCAAUUUUUUUAUUGAGCCUUUUACUCAGGCAGAGGAUGCUGAGAUGAACCAAUUUAGUUUUGUGCCAAUUGACACUCCAUGUGGCAGAUUGUGUCUGUGUGUCUCAUACCUCCCAAUAUUGGAAGAUGUGAGUUCAGAGCCUUCUACACCCUUGUCUACACAGUUUAUAAUGGAUUAUGUUGGUAGUCCAACAACUGAUCCUUUUAAGAGAUUCCAGUCACUCCCUUCAGCAGGACUGGCACGGCGACAUAGUUGGAGCAAUGACCAUGGAGGCAUGCCUUCGGGAUCUCCCUCUCCAUCACCUACAUACUCUGAUUCUCAAGCUGUGCAUUAUAACCCUACUGUACACCUCCCUCCUCAUCACCUGCAUGAUCAGCCUCGUUCAGCAAUCUCAAUCCCGCGCAAUGCUUUAGCAGCCCGUAAGAAAAACACAAGUUUUGAAGAUUACUUAUCAUCAUUUCCAUUUUCGGCUGCAUCUUCCCCUUUUACACCAACCCAUUUUUAUGGUGGCCAUUUACCAAAUUCUCUCCUACGCUCUGGGAGUGCUCCGGUCAGUAUUCCUUCAUCCAGGCAUGGAAGAAAUUGUGGCUUACUUGAUCAGGCCCUGCCUCCAUCUUCUUCUAAGCCUACAAGGCCUGGGUAUUCUUCUCAAACUGAUCUCCUCAGAGCUCAAAAUACCUCUGCAUCUCGGACUUCUUCCCCUGAAGGUAAGCUACAAACCAAGAAGGAUCCAUUGAGCUUGGGGGACUUUCAGACUGGCAUAUCAUCGGCAAAGGCAUUUUCUUUUGGGAAAGAUGAAGCUGGAACCUUACCUGGACUCAAGUGCAGUUCAACAUGCAUCCCUUUGUCUAGAAGUUCUAGUAGGUUGUCUCUCCUGGAUGGGUUUGAUGAUUCUGAAUUUGAUUAUCCAUUUGCUGAUGACGAAGAUACGACAGAGUCAUGCAACAGGUUGGAGCUUUCUGAAGGCAAGGAUCAAGUCAGCUUGAAUUUGGAAACCAGAGGCCUGGUACCAGUCCCAAGGUCUCCAGAUGCUGUCGUUGGUGCACUUGUGCGAAUGCUCAACACUGCACCACCUCUGCGGCAAGAUCUUUCCAACUCGGUCAGAUCUUCUCAAGUCUUCAGGGAUGAAUCUUGGAUCCCCAGGAUCCAGCAUAAAGAAGACAUGGAAGCUGAAGUGGAGAAAUCUGAAAGCCCUGUUUCAAGUUCAGGAAUUACAGCUUCAGGGCUCCCUAAGCCAAGGACUACAGCAGACGCAUUAGCAGAGCUGAGGAGUUACAAGGAGAUGAAAGAAUUAUUAGUUAAACAAGGUGGAUCUCAAUCAUCGGAUGACAACUGUAAAGACAAGUCUGCAGAUAGAGAUUCUUCAUAAUGCUAACCGUCCCAAUUCCUUCAUGUACAUAUGUAGAGUGUUUGAUUUUGCCAAGGAAGCUGAAUCCUAGCAUACAACUUGAGGUGUUUUUGGCACUGUUAUUUUGAAGCAGCUUAUGAAAAUAUAAAUAUAGCAGAAUUGACAUGUAUAUUUAACAUAUAGUUCAUGAUAGGUUUGCUCAUUGCAUCGUCUACUUCCUCCGUGAAGUUAUGUAUGUUCUUGUGCUGACAAAUGUCAUUUAAAGUCAGUAGCUUGGUGGUACAUUUUAUAA